GAAAACUACCGACUGCUGGUCCCGCCACUCUUCUUCAUCAGGGUUUCCUCCACAGUCCAGAGUAAAAGGGGAAGAUUUAUGUCUGUGAACUCGAACCAAGAAAUGGAAAAAUACAAAGAAGCAGACAAGGAUGAAGAAUCAGAAGCAAAGAAUGAACCAAAAAACCAUACCCACUCUAUCGAAAAAACUGAACCAGAACCAAAGCCAGAACAAGAAAAGCACAUCAUCUCAGACCCACCAUCACCCACCACCCACUCUUUCCCUCCUCAUUCCCACCCAGACCACGAACCCCCGUCGCUACCAUUGGACUCCUCAUCCCCCUCUUCACUUUCCUCCGAUCAUUCCUACCACGGUCAUGACCUCAAUCACUCCUUCGCACCCGAUCCAGAUGCCCCACCGGUGGUCCCGGUGAAUCGUUCGUCCCGGGCAUACCCAGCGGCGGCGAUGGCCAAGGUGGACCCUGGAGCACAAGACGGCUUCGUCAGCUUCGGAGAAGUUGAAGCAAGCACUAUUAGCCGUGAUGGGGCUAAUGGCGGUGGAGGUAACCGAAGGUUAAGACCAAAUCUUUCGAUACUGAGGAGGACGAGGUGGGACAACAUGGUGAAGAAGGCGUUGUUGUCGUCAAGGAUUUCUGGGUUUGUGCUUUGCUUGAUCUCCUUUUCGGUUAUGGCGGCUGACAAGGAUCAGGGUUGGGCUAUUGAGUCUUUCUACCGGUACAAGGAGUUAAGGUACUGUAUGGCUGUGAAUGUGAUAGGGUCUGCAUAUUCAGGGCUGCAAGCGUAUGAUCUAGUGAAUUAUAUCACCACCGGGAAACACAUAGUCUGGCACCCCCUCCGUCGUCACUUUGAUUUCUCAAUGGAUCAGCAUGUCAUUUUCAUGUCGAUCAAGGAGUUCUCAAGGGAUCAAGGGUUGCUACAAAAGGCAGACCCCUUUUCCAUUCUGGCACUUAAGACUAUGUUGACUUAUCUUCUGAUGUCAGCCUCAUCAUCUGCUGCCACCAGAGUUUAUGACUGGCAAUCCAACUGGGGUAAAGACAAGUUUCCUGAGAUGGCAGUUGCAUCCGUGGGCUUGUCCUUUGUUGCAUCUGUGGCCUUUGCCUUGAGCUCUCUCAUUUCUGGUUAUACCCUUUGUAAAGCCUCAUAGUUAAAGACCAUUGCCAGAUCAGUAUAUUAUACGGUCUUAAAUUCCAAA